AUGGACAGCGAAAUUCCACGGCCAUCUAGACCGAAGAUAAAGUUGGAGGAUCCUAAAAGAGGGAAAUUGUUUAGUGAUUCGGAGUUAGAGGCAUUAGCAUACUUAUCAGAAAGUGACGAGAAACCUUUUGUAGACAGUGGCAGCGAGUAUGAGCCUGAUUAUACGAGUUCAAGCGAACAAGAGGAGAUUUGGGAGCAUGCUAUGAUCCCUGAAACCUCCGAAGAAGGUGAUCGCUCUGAGGUUCCAAUGUGGGCCGAUAACCCAGGACUUUCCAUUUUCCGGCAACCCUGGACUAAAAGAAAACUUAGCAUCUGA